AUGACGACUCUCCAGCCGGCCCUGCAGCCUAGCAGCGUCAAGGCGCUGUCUCCGCCACCUGUUCUUGUGCCGCCGAUCAACUUUGCGCUUGUAGCGCCAGGAGUGUACCGCUCUGGGCACCCAAACCGGCGCAAUUUUAGCUUUCUCGCAAGGCUGGGGCUCAAGGCCGUGGUGUACGUCGAGAAUGCGGACGAGUACCGCCGCGACGGUGCCGACUUUGUUCAACAACACGGCCUAGCACUGUACCGCUUCGACUUGAGCGAUGAAGAGGCUUUGUUCUCGCCAUCCGGUCGCAAGAAGCUGUUCGAGGCACUGAGUGUCCUGCUCGACACGCGCAACCACCCGUUGCUCGUCCACGACGACACGGGCAAAGCGGCGGUGACGCUCGUGUGCGCACUGAUGCGCUGUUUCCAGCGAUGGGCGCUGGCGGCUGUGUACGCGGAGGGUGACAUGUUUGCUGGGGCUGGCGGGAGUGAGGGUGGCGGUGUGGGAAAUGCAGGGCGCGAAUUCAUCGCCAUGUUUGAUCCUGCAAGAGUCGAGCUUGACCCCGCGCACACCCCGUCUUGGAUCGUGGUGGGGUGA